CCAUAAGCCUCGCCAGCCGCCACCGGCCACCGCAAUGGCGGUCUCCACCUUCCUCCGUGAGGCCGAGCUCCGCCUCCUGCGCUGCACCCUCCCCGCCGCGGCCUCUCAACGGCCGCCUCCUUUGCCUCCCCCAGUUCACCCGCUCGGCCCCGUCGCCGCCUCCGCCCUCGCCGCCGUCGAGCGUGGGGACUACGCGGCUGCGCUCGUCUCCGCCGCCCCGCACAUCCUCCACGCCCACGGCUCCACCGAGGCUGCCGAUGUCUCUCCUGCGCAGUUCUACGCCGACCUCGCUGCCGCCGUCGACGCGUUCCUCCAGGGUGAUGCCGGUGGGGCGGCGGACGAGGGUCUCGAGUGCAGGUGCGCGCUUGUUCUCUCCGCGGCGGUGGCCGCGCUGCUCGCAUUCACGCAGCAGAACGUGACUGGGCCUCCGGGGAAAUAUUCACCGUUUCCUUUCUUGACACCGUCAUUGGAUGAACGGUGGUACAGUGACCCAGGAGGCAAAUGGGAUGCAUGGGCUUCUUCCCAUUUUGUAGCUUCGUUUGGUUCCCACGUUCACGGGAGAUUCUCGCUCCUGCAGUUCAUUGUCUUCGCAGAAAUCUUGUUCACGAGCAUGAUGAGUCUGGAUUCCUCUGGUUUUCGGAGUGUGCCGUGGUGGUUGUGCAGAGUAUCCAUGUCCCAGCAGAAUAUAUUAGAUGAGCUAUCGUCCUCUUUGUUUGAUCAAGUGCAAGUGUACAAGAAUAAAAUGCUGACCCACUUUGGUGAUCUUGAAAAGGUUUCCAGUUACUGGAGUUCUUCCUUGUGUGAUGGGGAAGGCUCUUCUUUGGUGUCAGCUGCUUAUAUAGAAGCUGGGAUCGCCGAGUAUAAGUAUGGCCGAGUUGAUGCUUCGAGGUUGCAUCUAGAUAGUGCUCAGGAGGCAUGUGGGAUUCAUCUCUCUCUCACAGGGAUCCUUGGUUUUCGAAGAGUACACCAGGUGGACGCCAAAUCCCAAAUGGUACUUGUUGCCAAGACCACUGAACCAGAACUCAAAGGAGCUCUGAGUGAUGUUAUGGAUUUGAGAAAUACAAGGAGUUCUGUUCCUGCUGAAAGUGAUGAAUUUUGCGAUAUACUAAGAACGCCCAGACUAGCUCAAAAUGGGAAUAACUCGAGGGGUGAAAGUAUGACAUGUGCAAGCACACAGAUAUCACUAACCCCUAUCCAGCAGGCUGCUGUACUUGCAGAAUGUUUGCAUGUGAGUCGGAGGAGUCGGAAUGAUGAAAUGUCUGGGUGGGAAAUGGCACCAUACAUAGAGGCAAUUGAUUCUCAGGAUGAGUCUUAUUUUGCGGUCAAGAGCUUGGGUGAUGUUCUACGUAUUAGGUGGGAGUCCACCCGCAGUCGCACAAAACAGCGGGCAUUGUUAAUGAUGGAGAAUUUGAUUGAAGAUAUCGGCAAAGAAUGUCCUGUGGCUUCACAAAGAGCCAAAUUGGUUUUUGGAGUUCAUAUGCCGAGUCUCCCUACAUUAAGGAAAGAAUAUGGCGAAUUUUUGAUAAGUUGUGGUAUACUUGGAGUAGCUCUAGAUGUUUUCAAAGAUCUUGAACUGUGGGAUAAUCUCAUCUAUUGCUAUCAAUUAUCAGGUAAACUUGCUGAUGCAGUUAGCCUAAUAAAUGCCCGGCUCUCCGUUACACCUAAUGACCCAAGAUUAUGGUGUUCACUUGGUGAUGCUACAAAUAAUGAUGAUCUUUAUAGGAAAGCAUUGGAAGUCUCAAGUAACAAAUCUGCUCGAGCUAUGCGUUCUCUGGCUCGCAGUGCAUACAACAGGAAUGACUUCUACGCAUCCAAAAAUCUUUGGGAGUCUGCAUUGGCAUUGAAUUCAUUGUUUCCAGAUGCCUGGUUUGCUUAUGGUACAGCCGCAUGGAAAGAUAAAGAUCUUGAGAAGGCUGUGGAUGCUUUUACUCGUGCUGUGCAGAUAGAUCCUGAAAAUGGAGAAGCAUGGAACAAUAUAGCCUGCCUGCACAUGAUCAGAGGGAAGAGUCAAGGGGCAGUCCAGGCAUUCAGGGAAGCUGUAAAGCUCAAGAGGAAUAGCUGGGAAGUUUGGGAGAAUUACAGUAAGGUUGCUUUGGACACAGGCAACAUUAGGCUGACACUUGAAGCUGUCAAAAUGGUAUUAGCCUUGUCCUUCAACAAACGCUGCAAUGUUGAUUUAUUGGACAAAGUGAUGACCACUCUCGAAGAGCAAGCUACAAAUCUCGGUGAUACUGAAGAAGCUGAAUCCAUAGGCAAGACUUCUGAUGAUAAAAAUAAGGAUACCAUGCAAUUGAGUCAAUUAUUAGGUAUAGUUGGUGAUAUCCUUCAGAAGCUUGUAGGAAGUGAAGCUAGCAGUCCAGAGAUAUGGGGAUUAUAUGCAAGAUGGAGUAAAAGCAAGGGCAGCCUCAUGGAAUGUUCUCAAGAUCUGGUCAAGCAAAUUCGGUCUCUCCAGGGUUCAGGAGUAUGGCAUGACAAGAAGAAGUUCACCAAAUUUGCUCAAGCUUCUCUGCAGCUUUGCAAGGUCUACAUGGAAAUUUCUUCCACGACUGAAAACAGACAAGAGUUAUUGUUAGCUGAGAUGCAUCUUAAAAGCUCCUUAAAACAGGCGUCGGACUUCCAAGACACGGAGGAGUAUAGAGCCCUUGAUGACUGCCUUGUUGAAUUACAGGACCUGAUUGGCGCUGCUUAGACUUCUCUUGGAAACCACCGUCUACUUUUUACACUUGUCGUUAUUCUGGUCAGAGAAGAAUCAUUAUGAUGUUAAAUGUAUAACUUUUUCAUAUUGUUCUUCAGGGAAGUUUCUGCAUAAUCAUUUUUACUUCUCUAGCCUAUUGUAUUACAAAAUUAUUUUUAGUAAAGUAGAGAGCUUGAUGGCAUUAUGCUGCCAUAUGAUCAACAGGGUAUUAAAUGCAUACUGUAGAGUGUAGACGGUGAAAAAGUGGCUCCAUUGUUUACCUGAAGCUUAGGUCUGGACACAACACCAAUUUGUUCACCAGUUUCACAUAUUAGUUUAUAUGAUCUUUAUGUUAUGAUCAUUCCAGGACCUUUCCAUGUUAUGAUAGAGAUGUUUUUGUAUAUUUUCCCAUUGUACUGAUUGAUUUAUGGUUUGUCUCAUGUCAGGUCAUUUUCACCAUAGGUAGAACCACCGCUGGGAAAAAUCGCUCCAGAGAUCGUCAUUAGACUGUUGGCUGCAUGUGCGAAGGCUCUGUCCAAUGCCGUGGAGACUGGAGAAUGGCGCGAGCCACUACAAAGAGACGGCUGCCAUUGUUGUUGGCCUUUCCUAUGUUUGGUUCUCUUAUCUGGGAAAAGCAAGACUGGGAAGCGCACAUGAAACACCAUCGAUUGUGUUAUCAGCUGUCUCCACCUGUUCUACCACAUUGGAAAUUAUUCAAUGGUUGUUAUUUGUGCACCGCUCUGUACGGGCCUUUUAUUAGAGGUAACAACAAUCCAUUGCCUCUCCAUAUAAUUUUCCUUUUCUAAUCGCAGUCUAUCCGGCCAGAACCCCUAUGCCAAGCUUUUCUAUGUAGAUGCGUACAGUAGCCUGACAUUGUUUGAUGGAUAGAUGUGAUCAUUUGUUAUUAACUGAUUGAGUUUUUGCAAAACAAUUCUGACCUUCCGGGCUAAAAUAUUUGUGCUUUCUCUGCACUAAUUGUUAACGAGCUCAUCAGGUUGGCAUACAGGUUACUAGAUAGUAACUUUUUUCUCUAUGAUUUAAAGGUGAUGCACUUGCAAACUAAAUAUCUUCUAGAGUAGUUAAGCUCACAAUAUGAAACAUUGAUAUGAUCUUCACACUUGGCAUAAGUUAUUGGCUGGCAGACCUAUUUUAAUCUUAUCUGUAGUUCUGUAAGUCAAAAAGAAAUUACUUGCGUGGGUAUUCACACCACCAUCUCGCAUUUCUCAUAUUUAGUAAUUAGAAGCACCUUCCUCAUGUUUAUCCUCACAAAAAUAUAAUAAAAACUUGGCCGUCAUGUUUAUCCUAAUUUCUUAUCUGUAGUUCUGUACACAAAGUCAAAAAGAAAUCACUUGGCCCCUCGUGUUUAUCCUCACAAAAAUAGAAUAAAAACUGUCCAAUGUAUCUCAUGGGUAGGACCUGCUCUGCUACAUCCAGUAAAAAUCUAGCCGCUGCCGCCACCUAUAAUCCCAGAAGGGAACACAAAUGAGCACCAACCUUGCAGGUUCAGAUGAUGUAUCGGUCUUUCUUUGCCGAUCCGUCAGCGUAAUCAGUGAAGGUGUUUUCAGUAUUGGUGAUACAUGCCUCUCCUGCUAAAAAAAUGAUGAUUGAUUAUUCGUCUGGAAGGAAGACAUGGAAGGGCCUGCACAAGUGCCAUUGUGAGUUAACAUAUUUAGGCCCGCUCGACGCCCAAACCCCUCCGCAAAGGGCUAGGAUCAGCAGCGCUGCUCCUGCCAUGGAUGAUUUGGAAGCACCGUAACGAGUGUGUUUUUGAGGGAGCACGGCCGUCUGUGCGCGACCUGAUGUCCAAAUUCAAGGAAGAAGCUGCCCUCUGGGCUAAGGCAGGUGCUAUGGGACUUAGGGUAGUGCUGCCGGCGACCUGGGAUGUACACUGAGUAGCCGAGUGUGUUCUUUGUAUGCUGCCUCCUAGGAGGACUGUAAACAUUCUACCUUUUCAAUGAAAUGAGACACAAAGGUCCUUUGCGUUUUCUCGAAAAAAAAUUCUUCCACCUCUCUGUAUUUUCUUAUGUUGUGCUCCUCAAUGAAAUCUUACCCUGACUGCCAGCUAGACUGGUGCACCGUAAAAUGAAGACAGUUGCCUUGCGUUUACUUUCUGAUAUGGAUGUGAGCAAUGAGCAUCUCCAUCUCGCUUUCACUGAUUGAUUCACUCCGCACAUUAGCGUUCACAUCAUUUGCUCAAGUUCUGGCGAUGUGGUUCUUUAAAAAAAAGGUUAUCCCCAUGUUUGUAUGAAUUAAGAUCAAAUAGCUAACAACAAGUCAAAAUCUCGGUUUCCUACUUCGUAAUAGCUAUGUAUGAUAUUCAGUACCUCAUUGCUCAUUUGAGUUUUAAAAUGAGUAAAAUGCAUGAGAGGUCCUAAAAGUAUUUGAGGGGUCUCAAGUUAGUCCCAAUUGUAUGAAAACGCAUAUCCAAGUCCUAAAAGUUUUUCAAGUGUGUCACUUGAGGUCCUAUCUGGGUCUGACAAUCCUGGUGAUGCUUUGACUAGUUCCACGUAGGCAUUUUCUUGCCAAAGACCCCAAAAUAUCUAUUCUAAUAUCACAAUCCCUCCCUGAAUGGUGCUCCCCUCACCGUCCCCUCCCAGAUUGACCAAGCCCGGCCGCCCCGUACCCUCCACCGCAGCGGAUGCCUUUCUGUGAAAUUUGGUUACGUGAGCCUAGUUAGCGAUCUGUCUGUAUAUAGAGCUAACUUGCUCUAGAUCGAAUACUGUCAAAUAUUUGUACUGCAGUUAGGCCAUGGCCUUGAGCAGCGCAGCCUGCCCAUCAUCGUGCAGUGAGCUGGAGGAAGUGGGCAUGCUCUCACUCGACGCGGUCCUUGCACGGGUGCGUCCAUGGUGUGAGCGGCAGGCGGCGAGUAGGACCUCAUGGCAGAGAUUUGUUACAUAUUUGUGUACAGUUUGUACAACCGCAUUGGUCUUCAUUUUGGUUCCUGAUUUAAAUAUACUUUUAUAUACAAUAUGUCCUGGCACAGCCAUGCCUGAACGAUUACAUUAGCAUCACUGCAUCUCCCAGUGCAUAAAUCAUGCCCUAGCACGCACAUGAAAAAAGGAGGUAGACCAACGCUGAAAACUUCCUCAAGCUGAGCCCCAGCCCAAACGUACAUGCUUCUCCUCCUUCCCGAUUUCUUCGGAGACUUCUCUUUCUCUAAUUUCUUGAAUCACAAAUAGAUCUUCCAGAUAUUUACAUGAGCAAGAUGUGUUGCUCCCUUACCACACAUAUGUUAUCUUCCUAUGCUGCAUCUUAGUCGUGUCGCUGAGCAUAAAGAUGAACACAUGUAAUUUGCUAUGCUUGGACUACAUCCCUUCUUUCUAAUGACAGUUAAUUUGAUAGAUUGAGAAUAGUUACUGGUUAGGCUGAGAAAUUUCCAACUGAUUAAGACAUUUAACUGAAUCUGUUACUGCAACGCGGUUCAGUUAGAAAGCUCUUUUCUGAUUUAGGUAAUAUAUUUGUUAUUGUCCAAUGAGUGGUCAGCAUGUAGUCAACGGUAGAGUGGUGAUUCAAUGUUUUUUAUUAAUACCUUUGUUAUUUCGACCCUGUUGCUGGAGUGCAGUUCCAGUCACAAAGUGAGUAGCUGCAGCAGGCAUGGUUCAGCUUUGGCCGACCAUCGAGGGGCACCGCUGCUGCUAAUCUCGCCUAUGCAAGGCAGGAUAGGGUGCAUGCUCUUAUAGUUCAUGCAGGGUGGGAUAAAUGCGGCGUGCUUCUUGCUGGUGGAUUCUACGUUGUGUGCCAAUACCUCACUGUGUAGGUGGUUAGGCACUUAAUGUAGCAUCUUCAAGUUAAUUCUAUCUAGAUCGUUGGUGAUGGAGGCCAUGAGAGUAUUUUAGCUUUGUUUUAUUUAUUUGAUUAUUAGCCUCACCGCUUAUGGUUAUUUGGAAUGACAUGUGGAUCAAAUCGUCUAGAUUUUAUGAGUAAACGAUGGCAAGCAAUAGAGAGAAGAUUUGAAACACUGAUCAGGACUAGAUAGUUGAUUUGUUGUGGCUUUCAUUUUGAGUUCCUGCGAUCUCUAGCAUGCAUAUUUACUUGAUAUUCUGAAACUUUAUGAUGAUAUCUGAACCUCUCUUAAUCGGAGUUCCUUCUUGCCGCGACGCCUUCAAGUCCACCAAGUCGACGACACCAUGUUAGGACGCGCUACAGGCAGCGCGGAGAAGCGCGCCUUUUCAGCUAGUAAUAGAUGGAAUGACUGAUUUAUGGCAAUGUGACUAUCACUGCCUCAUGUUCUGCUCUGUACUACGUACAGAUUCAGAAAGCAUAUUCUUUCGCUCUUUAUUGUGUUUCCGUUUUAAAGUACUUGUGUAAAUGAACCGUGCCCAUUCAUGACACAUUGGCAAAACUAUUCCUUAUGUAUCUUUUGUUUUUCCAUUUUUAAGAGUACUCAUGUAAAC